AUGCCAGACCAGACCGAGGAAGGCGACCCAGCCACACAAAAGAACCAAGCUGAACCUAGACUGCGAUUCGUCACUGCCCGGCCCGACUCCAACCAGGCAAGACGCGAGGCUAAAGCCCUGAUCCGAGCCCACGCUUCGCGCGCAUCGUGGGCCAGGAUCAGGCAAGGCAAGCAGUCGAGGCAGGAGACCGGUUCUCUGCUCGGCCCAAACCCAGCUCCGGGCGCGAAGCAAACCCAUCCAGUCAACACCGACCCAGCAUCGCUUAUAGACGACGAACAGGACCAGGACCUCAAUCCAGGGCGUGCUGGCCCCUCGGGCGGCCAACUAGUUGUCCCAACUAGAAGGCAGACGAUCUUCACCUCGUGUCUUAUUCCCGACCCUCUUUGCACGGUAGGGUUGGGCGACAUUGACCCGUUUUCAAGCUACCCAUCGAAGCUACCCAAAGAGAUAGCUACGCCUAUUAUUAGCCAAGUUAACCACUACUUCAACAUCAUGUUUCUCCCGGAACCAGAUCGCAUUGAAGAAAGCGUGGUACCCCGCUGGAUAUCUUGGUACAUGAGUAACAGCAUCUUGUUCCACGCCCUGUGCUUCAGCCAAUUAGCCAGGCUGUCGGUCACCGAGGCUUCUGGCCUCGACCCAGUUAGUCAGAGGGUGAAAUGGUACUGCUACUCGCUGGUGGUUCGAGAGGUGAAUAGACGAUUCAAUAAUGUCUCAAGUCGGUGUUCCGACGAGAGUAUUCUUGCCGUGCAGGCACUGGCAUUUCAUGGUGACAAGGCAGCAGACGACAGCGAACGACCCCGGGUGCCCUCGCAGGGGCCAAUGAAUGCCAUGCAGGGCCUGGAUAUCUACGCAGGUCGACUAGAUCCCGUGAACAUGCACGUCCAUGGAUUGGCAAAGAUGCUGGCCAUGCGGGGAGGCAUUGAUGACAUGGAGAUCCCCGGUCUGGCAGCGAUGCUCAGCUAUGGAGACCUGAUCCUGGCGUCACGAUCGUUGCAGAAACCGACCUUGCCCUUUGUGCCAAUCGGGGAGUCUCCGGAACAUACCCUGGCCACAGUCAAAAGGAUCGGGCAUCCUCUAGCUCGGCUCGGUGUAGGAUUCCAGACGCUCUAUGAUCUGCUUCCUUCAGAAGUGGCUCAAGAACUCCACUUGGUAUUACGGCAGCUGUCGACAUACUUGCUGGCGGUCGAAGACUAUAUCAUGGGUAGACCGCGAUCGCAAAGCAUGCUAGUACUAGUCGACCAGAGGAACUUUGUCCAGCAUAGCUUGAUGUCCUUGUUCCUGGAUUCCAGGGACAGCGUCGUCUACAGCCUCAUCGCCGUCUUCCCGGUUCCUCAUGUGCGAGCGCCCUUUGCAAAGCUCUCUGCAGGGAUCAAGCAGUAUCUGAUUUCCACGUCGAGCAGUCAAGACGGUAAGAGAUGGCGGAAGGCCACAUCGCUGAUGCUGUGGAUCACCUUUAUGGGCGCGCUGGCCUCCACGGCCGAUCAGCACAGCGAGGCAGACAAGACGUGGUACCUCUCCGUCCUCGAGCGGCUUGUGUACAGGAUGCAGAUUUUGAGCUGGCAGAGUCUGAAGGACCAACUGCUGAAUUUCCUGUGGUUUCCCAACACGAGUGACGACGACGGACAGCAUUUGUGGAAGGAGAUACACACUUCGAAUCCUUUCAGGUAA